AUGAUUGCUUCCUCGGCCCCAGUAAACUUCACUCUGCCCACUAGUGGCUCUGGAAGCUCAAUCAACAAACCUAUCAAGACCGUUUCUAAGCCCUGUUUUGGCUGUGGUUGUGGUGAUGAGGACUGCGUACGUUGCGGGCCUGCGAUGGGUGCUAUCGGCGCAAAAUUAAGUGUGACUUCGAUGCCGCGUCUCAAUGCAACUGGUGUAUCCACCAUAAUCUUCCUUAGUUCCCGGCUAUCCGAUCGGAUUAGCCGAAUGGAGAAACUCAUAGAAAACAAUUUCAGACAAAAUUCAGAAUCGUUCGCUAUAUCUCAAUUUCCAGAGAUCUAUGCGACUACUAGUAGCUCACCCAGCACUAGUACUACUAGCAGCAUGCCCGUGUUUCCAGCUGCUGCUAGUGUUCACUUUGCUGGUCGAAAACUCUGUGUCAUUAGCUCGCUGACAGGUCUUCCAUGUCUUCUUCCAGAAGGACAAGAAUGGGUCCAAACUCGCACUGGUCAGACUAUCUCGAUCGACAAUCUCGCAUCAAGAGCACGUUGGGAAAGAGAGUGUGGCUGGAAAUCUUAUGAGUUUUUAAUGAAUUUACCAACUUAUAAAGAUUUCGAAUUACCAGCCUACCGCAGUGUGCGCUUGUACUUCGAAGCGUACAAAGCGUCACCUGUUAUGCGGCGAAUUUUCCCAGUCGUGGAUGCUGAUCUCUUUGAGGAAACGAUUCAGACUGCUUAUCAAAAGCCAAAAUCAGACUCUAUAACCACAUCCACAACAGAGGUCGCUCUCAUCCUUUCUUUUCUAGCAUUUGCCUCGCGUCUCCCACUCGUCAAAGAAGUAAUCGAAAGCUCUCUACUCUCAGACGUUGUCAUCGACCAGGAUAUACUGGCCUCCAGGGCUCAAUAUCUCCUGUCACAUGUUUUGAAGGAACCUGCCACUCUAGAAGGAGCCCAGGCAGUGACUAUGAUGACACUUUAUGAGAUUUCAAUCGGAAAUAUGCGGUCUACAGGUUACUUUGGAGCAAUUGCUGCACGUCUAAUAUUUACGCUUGGAGGCAACAUGGCCCCGAGUCAAUCUAGCUUACACGACGCCCAUAGCCAGAGAAAACAGCAGCAGUUGCGAAAUAUCUUCUGGAUUUGCUAUACAAUGGAUAAAGAUUUUGCUCUUCGCACCGGCCAACCACCAAAUAUUAGCGAUGAAAAUUGUGAUUUGACACUCCCACUAGGCUACUUAGAUCGGGCAUUCAUGGAACCUGAAAAUGAGAACAUGCCCUUCGACCAGCCUGUAUUCCCCUUUGACUUGCGUUUGAGCAUUAUCAAGGCACGCACCUACAGUUCUCUUUACUCAGUCAAAGCCAUUCAGAAGUCUGAUGCUGAACUUCUCAAGUCGAUACGAGAGUUGGACGAUGAACUGGAAGACUGGCGGCUAUCGAUACCACCCAAAUGGCGUCCGACUAUGUCUUUCUCGCCAACAGCCUCCGACCCCAAUAUCAAUAUGCACUCACUCUUUUUACGACUUAAUUACUACCUGUGUAUGUCCCUCAUCCACCAAUCGAGCAGUCGUUGUAAAUCGUGGGUGCAAGGUGGAAUUAUGGAUGGGGUGAAGUCUAGUCUCACUCUAUCGGUUGAGGCUAGCCGCUCUACCCUUUGCUACCUGCAAGCUGCAGUGGGAAUCCUUGUUGAUGGUGUUCUCUGGAACUUGAUCUUCUACCCUAUAUCAGCAUUGCUUUAUAUUUUCUGUAGUAUCCUACAAAACCCACUAGAUCCGCGAUCAAGAGAUGAUUUGGAUCAGCUGAAGUCGUCCACUGUGAUGGUGGAGAGUACCUUCAUGCAGAAGUUGCCGGAAAAUGAGAUCAUUCAUUUUAAGUUGGUGGCCGAAUUUAUGAAUGAGUUGAACCAGCUGGCGGAGUGUGCUAUCGAGAAGGCGUGGCGUGAACACUCCACCUCCAUUCCGUCUUAA